AUGGAGAAAAUUUCAGUGUCAGCAUUCCUGCUUCUUGUGGCCCUCUCCUAUACUCUGGCCAAAGACACCACCGUCAAAGCUGGAGCCAAAAAGGACUCGAAGCCUAAACUGCCCCAGACCCUCUCCAGAGGUUGGGGCGAUCAACUCAUCUGGACUCAGACUUAUGAAGAAGCCCUAUACAAAUCCAAGACAAGCAACAGACCCUUGAUGAUAAUUCAUCAUCUGGACGAAUGCCCACACAGUCAAGCUUUAAAAAAAGUGUUUGCUGAAAAUAAGGAAAUCCAGAAAUUGGCAGACCAGUUUGUUCUCCUCAACCUGGUUUAUGAAACGACAGACAAGCACCUCUCUCCAGAUGGCCAGUAUGUCCCCAGAAUUCUGUUUGUGGACCCAUCCCUGACAGUGAGGGCAGACAUCACUGGAAGAUACUCAAACCGUCUCUACGCUUACGAACCUUCUGACACAGCUCUGUUGCUGGACAACAUGAAGAAAGCACUCAAGCUGCUGAAGACAGAAUUGUAG